AUGAGCGGCACGGGCGCCCGGUCCAGCCACCUGUCCCAGCCGGUCGUGAAGAGCGUGCUGGUGUACCGCAACGGGGACCCCUUCUUCGCGGGGCGCCGCGUCGUCAUCCACGAGAAGAAGGUGUCCAGCUUCGACGUCUUUCUGAAGGAGGUGACGGGCGGCGUUCAGGCGCCCUUUGGGGCCGUCAGGAACAUCUACACCCCGCGGACCGGGCACCGCAUCCGGAAGCUAGACCAGAUCCAGAGCGGGGGCAACUACGUGGCCGGGGGCCAGGAAGCCUUCAAGAAGCUCAAUUACUUGGACAUAGGAGAAAUGAAGAAGAGACCUAUGGAAGUUGUUAAUACAGAGGUGAAGCCGGUAAUGCACAGCAGAAUCAACGUGUCUGCUCGCUUUAGAAAACCCCUUCAGGAGCCCUGCACGAUCUUCUUGAUUGCAAAUGGAGACCUCGUAAGUCCGGCUUCUCGCCUCCUCAUCCCCAGAAAAACCUUGAAUCAGUGGGAUCAUGUGUUACAAAUGGUCACAGAAAAAGUAACUUUGAGGAGUGGGGCUGUCCACAGACUUUACACGUUAGAAGGAAAACUUGUUGAGAGCGGGGCCGAGUUGGAGAAUGGGCAGUUUUAUGUGGCUGUCGGCAGAGAUAGGUUUAAGAAACUGCCUUACGGUGAAUUAAUUUUUGAUAAGUCCACCAUGAGAAGGUCCUAUGGUCAGAAAGCUUCUUCACUACCUCCUAUUGUAGGAUCCAGAAAGUCUAAAGGGAGUGGAAAUGAUCGUCAAUCCAAGUCAACAGUUGGAUCCAACGACCACGCUUCCCCUCAGCCCCCAAAGAGGAAAGGGAAAAAAGAGGAGGUGAAUUUGGAAAAACCCAAGAAAGGGAAACAAAACGUAAAGUUAAAGAACUCACCACAAAUAAGUCCAAACAGUGAUGAAGGCGUUUUCAAAGCUGGAGCAGAGAGGUCUGAGACACGGGGGGCAGCAGAAGUCCAAGAAGAUGAAGACACUCAAGUUGAGAUCCCAGUUGACCAGAGACCAGCGGAAAUAGUAGAUGAGGAAGAAGACGGAGAAAAAGCAAACAAGAAUGCAGAGCAGAAAGAAGAUUUUUCGGGAAUGAAUGGUGAAGUUGAAGACGGAGGAGAGAAGGAGGCUACAGAUGCCUCCGAGCAAGUUGAGGGGGUCCCAGAUCACAGCGAGGAGCAGGCGGUUCCCGCCCGCGUUAACGGAGGCACCGAUGAAGAAAAUGGCGAGGAGCUGGAUCAGGUUAAUACUGAGCCUCAGGAGGAAGUGGAUGAGGAAGUAAAGUCGCAAGGAGCUGGCAGUGGACAAGAUGAGGCUGACUUAGACCCUCAAAGACCACCAAGACCAGAAGUAAAAAUCACGAGUCCACAAGAAAAUGAGAACAACGAACAAAACAAGGACUAUGCUGUGGUAGCAUAGAUAAUCUUUAAAAAAGAGAGUAUAUUGAUUAUCA